AUGGGCGACGCGAUGGAUAUCGAGACUCUAGAACCACGAGGGACCAAGCGCACUGCUGAUGAUGCAGAGCUUGCACCAAAUGAGCAGCGCCGUAUCAGGGCGCUAGAUCCUGAUGUGGUCAACAAAAUCGCCGCUGGGGAGAUCAUCGUCGCCCCAAUGCAUGCUCUAAAAGAACUCAUCGAGAACUCUGUAGAUGCAGGAUCCACGUCAAUAGAGGUUCUUGUUAAAGAUGGAGGGCUCAAGCUUCUCCAAAUAACCGAUAACGGCCAUGGAAUUAACGUGGACGAUCUACCAAUUCUAUGCGAAAGAUUCACCACCUCCAAGCUGAAAGAGUUUGAGGAUUUGACAGCUAUUGGCACCUAUGGCUUCCGUGGUGAAGCCUUGGCGAGUAUCAGCCAUAUUUCCCAUCUGACAGUGACUACCAAAACUGCCAGUUCUAGCUGUGCCUGGAGAGCACAUUAUAGUGAUGGUAAACUUGUACCAGCAAAGCCCGGUCAAAGUGUGAAACCGAAGCCCACGGCUGGACGAGGGGGAACUCAAAUCACUGUUGAAGAUCUCUUCUAUAAUGUUCCGACCCGACGACGUGCUUUUAGGUCAUCCAGUGAGGAAUAUGCCAAGAUACUUGACGUCGUAGGGCGAUAUGCAGUUCAUUGCGCGAAUGUUGCCUUUUCGUGUAAAAAGCACGGCGAUUCAGGCCCCAGCAUCUCGACUGCUGCUAAGUCAUCCACUAUUGAUCGAAUUCGCCAGAUUCAUGGAAGUGCCGUGGCAAAUGAACUGAUUGACUUCAAUGUUGAAGACACAAAGAGACUGGGAUUCAGGGCAUCCGGGCUGGUUACCAACGCUAAUUAUCACGUCAAGAGGACGACUAUUUUGCUAUUUAUCAAUCAUCGAUCAGUCGAAUCUUCGGCACUUAAGAAAGCCAUUGAACAGACAUACUCAACAUUUCUACCCAAAGGUGGACACCCCUUUAUCUACCUUGAUCUCGAAAUCGAACCAAAUCGGGUUGACGUCAAUGUCCAUCCGACUAAAAGAGAAGUGAACUUUCUAAACGAGGAUGAGAUUAUAGAAUCGAUAUGCAGCGAGAUCACCACCCGUCUAGCGCAGGUGGACUCGAGUCGGACGUUCAUGACCCAGACUCUGUUGCCUGGUGUGCCCAGAGUUCCAGAGACGCCUCCAAGCGAUUCUCAGGCUCGCAAAAUGGGCGCAGUACCCUCGUCACAAAAGCCCUAUGAGAAUAACCUUGUUCGCACAGACUCGCGCAUGCGAAAGAUUACAUCUAUGCUACCAUCUCUUACCGCGUCAUCCAGCACCCAAUUAGACACAGAUCAGGCCGAAGAAGUAGAAAACCCAGACGAUGGCCUGCACUAUGAGACAACAGAUCGCGAACCGCUUCGUAUAGGACUUACAUCCGUGAAACACCUUCGUGCUACAGUACGAAAUGAGAUGCACAACGGACUCACCGAACUCUUCUCAACGCAUACAUACGUCGGCCUCGUUGACGAGCGUCGACGCAUUGUCGCACUUCAAUCUGGCGUAAAGUUAUAUCUAGUCGACUAUGGCAUGAUCUGCAGCGAGUUCUUCUACCAGAUCGGACUCACCGAUUUUGGAAAUUUCGGCAUCAUCAAACUCGACCCGCCGCCGAAACUAAUUGACCUAAUGCAACUCGGCGCAGAAAUUGAACGCAGUGAGCAUCAAGCCAAUGCUGAAGGGGGGGCUGCGUCCUCCUCAAAUGACGAAAUGGAAGAUAUCUUUCAAAGAGCACCAGAAAUCGUGACGAACACAAUAAUCGAGCGCCGUGACAUGCUAGACGAAUAUUUUUCCAUGAAGAUAUCUGAGGAAGGUGAAUUACUCACAAUCCCGCUCCUAUUAAAGGGGUAUAUACCAUCGUUGGCAAAACUACCUCGAUUCUUGCUCAGACUAGGUCCGUACGUGGACUGGACGAGUGAAGAGGAGUGUUUCCGCGGGUUUCUUCGCGAACUUGCUGCUUUUUAUACGCCUGAGCAACUGCCGCCACAACCGGCUAAAAAGCCGGCAUCCCAGGAUGAGGAGGUAGAAGAUGAGGAAUCACCAMAAGCCAGUACAGAAGACGAAAGUAUAACAACCCGCCGCACGCAACUCAUACGAAUGCUGGAACAUGUCCUCUUUCCCGCUGUGCGAGCGAGAUUGGUAGCUACCAACGGUCUAUUACCUGGCGUUGUCGAAGUUGCUGAUCUAAAGGGAUUGUACCGCGUAUUUGAGCGGUGUUGA